ACACGCGGGUUACCGAUAAGUAAACCGUCAUGUCGUUCCAGGUGAAGGGGCGACGAUACAAGACGUCCAGUGUAUCAUACAAUAUAAUUAUCCCCCGUCUGUCCGUACCGUCUUGAACUGGUACACACGAACGAAAGGACGGACCGUCUCUCACUCUGCUUGGCUGCAAGAAACCCAUUCCGGACACAACAUAUCCCUUCCCCUCCCUCCUUGUUGCCGCCGAUCCAUGUCAUUCUACUUUUUCAACAAGAUGACCCAGAGCAACCCGUCCUAUCUCAUCGUCGGUGCCGGCGUGUUUGGUGUGUCGACCGCCUAUCACCUUAUCAAGAAGUACCCCGAUGCAUCCGUGACCCUGGUCGACAAGGAUGCCUUUGACGCCGACGAGCGCGUGGCCGCCUCAUGGGACUGGAACAAGGUGGUCCGCGCCGACUACGACGACUUCACCUACUGCCAACUGGCGCUGGAGGCCCAGGACAUCUUUAAGACCGACCCGCUCUGGAAGCCGCACUUCCACCAGACGGGUGUCUACUGGAUCUGCCGCAGCGACUACGCGCAGAAUGUCAUUGACCACCACAAGAAGCUCGGCCGCAAGGACGACAUCAUCGCCCUGCCCGUGUCCGAGGCCCGCAAGCUCUACAAGGGCCUCUUCGAAGAUGCCGACUACUCGGGCGCCAAGGAGGUGCUGGUGAACCGCGCCAGCGGCUGGGCGGCGGCCGGAGACUGCCUGCGCGCCGUCACGCGGGAAGCGCUGAGGUUGGGCGUCAAGUAUGUGACCGCGGAGACGGCAUCUCUGGAGUUCGACCAGCGCGGGAACUGCACGGGCAUCAGGACGACGACGGGUGAGACGCUGACGGCCAGCCACACAAUCCUCUCCACGGGGGCGUACACGCCGAAACUGCUGGAGCUGAGCGCGGCAAAGAGCGGUCUGCACAACCUCCGGGCCGGCGAUCGCAUCCUAGCGGCGGGCAUCACAACCGGGAUGGCGGAGCUUGACGAGGAAGAGUACAAGAAGUACGCAGACAUGCCCGUUGGGUUCCAGGGGUACACGGGACACGGCAAGCCAUUCAUCGGCAGUAUCCCUCCGACCAAGGACAGAGAACUCAAGUGGUGGGGGGCUAAGAUCUUCUCCAACACGAGUGAAAUCCUGCCCGGCCGCCACGUCUCUGCGCCCCCGCCGGCUAAGGACUACAGCCAGUGGAAGGUCUCGCGGCAGCUCAAGGAAGACAUUGCGGAACAGAGGAACCUGUGGUACGGGAGCAAGAGCGCGGACUGGAAGAUGACCAAGCACCGCAUUUGCUGGGACGCCUUCACGACCAGCUCGGAUUUCAUCAUCUCCCCCCACUCGGCGGCCAAAGGCUUGUACGUUGCAACCUGCGGCUCGUUCCACGGGUUCAAGUUCUUCCCUGUUCUCGGCAAGUACGUGAUCCAGAUGUUGGAGGACUCGCUAUCUCCCGAGCUCAAGACGCGGUGGGCUUGGGAUCGUGAGCGUCCGGAUCACCUGCAGAACCCGGAGUAUCCGAAUUCCGAGCUAAGCGAUCUGGUGGACCCGGUGGCGAGGUUGUAGCGUGCCUAACGGGCGGUUUUUUAUUUUUAUUUUUUAUGAUUGCAUGUGUGUAGACGAAGAUCAAGCGUUCUUUUCGUAGUGGUGGAGUGAGGGAGAAAGUGAGAGAGAGUCUCAUAAUGAUUCAGGGUUCGUUCCAUGAAAAAUCGCCGUUUUUGUUGCGGUAAUUCACAGCACGUGGGUAAGCAAGCGCAUUGUACGUC